AUGAACCGAACAAAAACCAAGAAAGAAAAAUUCAUUUUUUGUACGCACCGGUUUUGCUGCAAUGAAUCUUUGUCUUCGUUCCAGAUUCCACCUCCUCAUCUUCUAACUUUGUCCUCGUCUCUCUUUCUUUGUGUCUCUCUCAACUCUCAAGCCCCACCUCCACACAAUUCCUUCUAUAAAGUUGAAUGUGUACUCAUCUCCGUUAGACACUCCAAAUCAUGACCCAUUAACAGUUCUUGGAGUCUUCCUCUCUUGCUCAUCUUCUAGCCGUCCCUUCCAGACUCUACUUUUUAAAAACACGCCUCACACCAAACCUUUUGGACUUUUUUUGUGCACAUUACCGUUUAUUCAAAAAUGAGAGAGAGUACAUCUCCAAGAAGCUUAAAGACAAUGAACCAAUUGGAUUUUUUCAAGAAAUUCAAGCGUUUGAAGCCUCUUGAGCCCUCCCCGGGGAUUCUUGGUUGCUUCUUUUUCAGUGUUUGCUUGAUAUUCUGUCUCUUUUUAUUGGAUUAUAGAACUGUGACCCGAAGGUUUCCCUCUGGGGGGCAGCUUGGGUUGGUAAAGUGGUUUGGUUUUAAUGGUUCAUCUUCAGGUGGGAAUGUGAGGGUGGGGUUUCUUGAAGAAAGUGGUGGUCGGUGUGAUGUUUUUGAUGGUGAUUGGGUCUGGGAUGAGAGCUAUCCACUGUAUAAUUCCCAAGAUUGCUUGUUUGCAGAUGGUGGUUUUCGGUGUUUGGAAAAUGGUAGGCCUGACAGUUUCUACACUAAAUGGCGCUGGCAACCUAAAUAUUGCAACUUGCCCAGGUUUGAUGCAAAGAAUAUGUUGGAAAAACUGCGUAACCGCAGGCUGGUAUUUGUUGGAGACUCAAUUGGAAGAAACCAAUGGGAGUCUCUCCUCUGCAUGCUUUCUUCUGCUGUUCGUAAUAAGACUAAAAUAUAUGAGGUGAAUGGGAACCCAAUCACAAAGCAUUCAGGGUUCCUAAUUUUCAGGUUCAAGGAUUACAACUGCACCAUUGAAUACUUCAGAGCUCCAUUUCUAGUGCCUCAGGGCCGGGCGCCUGCUGGAGUUCCGGAGAAGGUGAAGACUACGUUACGAGUGGAUCAACUGGAUUGGAGCUCCCCACAGUGGAAAGGUGCAGAUGUGCUGGUUUUCAACAGUGGACAUUGGUGGAAUUAUGAGAAGACCAUUAGAGUGGGUUGUUACUUCCAAGAAGGGGAAGAGGUGAAGAUGGAGAUGAGUGUAGAAAGUGCGUAUCGGAGGUCAAUUCAGACACUGGUGGAUUGGGUAGGUCGUGAAGUAGAUAUGAACAAGACUCGGGUCUUCUUCCGAAGCUAUGCUCCUGUACACUUCAGCGCUGGGGACUGGAAGACUGGUGGUAGGUGUCACCUGGAGACAAUGCCGGACCUGGGUUCAUUACCAGUUUCGUCUGAAACAUUUGGUCAACUAAAAGCUGUUUCCGACGUGGUAUCAGAACAUUUACAGAAGUCAAAUGUAACGCAAAUGGAUGUAUUAAAUGUGACCAGUUUGACAGCACUGAGGAAAGAUGGCCACUUGUCUAUAUAUUAUUUUGGGCCAAACAACGGAAUUGCUCCUCUCCACCGACAAGACUGCAGUCACUGGUGCCUGCCUGGUGUUCCUGAUACAUGGAAUGAGCUUCUGUAUGCACUCUUCCUAAAAGGGGAGUACAAUCGCAUACAAAAUUCAAAUUCAACGCAAUCUGCUCCUGCUCCAGUGUGAUUGGUGGAGAUAGCUUGUUACUACGACAGAAAUUUUAAAGGAUGCCAAACAUAUUAGAACCUUUGCAAGUGCCUGAAACUAAUACAAUGAUUUCAACCUGCUGGUUUCACCAUACUUGGCUUUAUUUUAGUAGAUACAAAACAGAGAGUUGGCUGCUUUCAUCAUACCUGGCCCGAGCCUGUCUGGUUUUCCCCACCAACCAAGAACUUCCAUUGUACAGCUCUGCUUAACCUUGUAUAGGACAGAAGUCUCCUUGUUCUACUUGGUGAUAAACAGUCACGACUCGUGCAAAGAAGUGACCUGCAUUGAUCAGUCCAGCAAUGAGCCUGCGCUUAAUUAUUAAAGAGGAACUAUACUUGAGAAUUUUUGCGGUUUUUGGAUGAAAGACAGGUUUUGGGCAGCAAAUUCUUCAUAAUCAGGUGAUGCUGAUGAUUUAUUUUAUUAGAAUCUCUUAAUUUUAACUUUUGUAUAGGCAGAUUCUUUUUGCUCUUUUGCAAGUUGUUAGCUGACAGGAAGAUACACAAAAGACGUUAGAUUGUGGUCAAAUAUUAUCAUUCAUCAAUGGAUAAGGAAAAUUAUAC